GGACGGCGCUGGGUAUUGGCUCAAGGCGCUGCGGUAUCUGGGUGUUUGUCGUUCUUGGUGGGCGUAGUUUGGGCAUGUUUAGGACACUAGCUUUACAAAAGUCUACUUUUGCUCUCAGUCCCAUAACGUUUGUCGUAUUUUCAACGCUUGUCACCAGACAUGGCUGCCCAGUGUGUGACCAAAGUAGAGCUGACCGUGUCCUGUGACAACCUCCUGGACAAGGACAUCGGCUCCAAGUCGGACCCUCUGUGUGUCCUGUUAAUGAGCAGCUCCAACAACCAGUGGUAUGAGCUGGGACGCACAGAGAAAGUCCAGAAUUGCCUCAGCCCAAAGUUUGCUAAAAAGUUCGUCAUCGACUACUACUUUGAAAUAGUGCAGAAGCUGAAGUUUGGGAUUUAUGAUAUCGACAACAAGACGAUUGACCUGAGUGACGAUGACUUCCUGGGGGAACUGGAGUGCACCCUGGGUCAGGUGGUGUCCAGUAAGAAACUGACUCGACCGCUUGUCUUGAAGAACAAGUCGCCUGCAGGGAAAGGAACGAUUACAAUCACUGCAGAAGAAAUAAAAGACAACAGGGUGGUGAACUUUGAGGUGGAAGCAAGGAAAUUAGACAACAAGGAUUUCUUUGGGAAGUCUGACCCCUACUUGGAGUUCUACAAGCAGACAGAAACUGGUUGGCAGCUGGCUCACAGGACAGAGGUGGUGAAGAACAACCUGAAUCCAACAUGGAGGCCCUUUCGAAUCCCCCUGCAGUCUCUCUGUGGAGGAGACCUGGAGAAGUCGAUCAAAGUUGAGUGCUAUGACUACGACAGCGACGGCUCACAUGAUCUGAUUGGAACCUUUGAGACGACAAUGAAACGUCUACAGGACGCAUCACGGACUUCUCCAGCAGAGUUUGAGUGUAUCAACAGUAAAAAGAAACAGAAGAAGAAGGGCUACAAGAACUCUGGUGUUGUGAGUGUAAAGCUGUGCCAGGUGGUGAAGGAGUACACCUUCCUGGAUUAUAUCAUGGGAGGCUGUCAGAUCAACUUCACUGUGGCUAUCGACUUCACAGGCUCCAACGGGGACCCCAGGUCUCCUCAGUCUCUGCAUUACAUCAGUCCUCAGGGUGUUAACGAGUACCUCUCUGCUAUCUGGUCUGUAGGCAACGUCAUCCAGGACUACGACAGUGACAAGAUGUUUCCUGCGUUUGGCUUUGGAGCCCAGAUUCCACCGACGUGGCAGGUCUCCCAUGAGUUUCCCCUCAAUUUCAACCCAUCCAGUCCAUUUUGUGCAGGCAUUGAGGGUGUGGUUGAGGCCUACAGGGUCUGUCUGCCCCAGGUCAAACUCUACGGCCCCACCAACUUCUCUCCUAUUAUCAACCACGUGGCCUGUUUUGCUAAGCAGGCCCUCCAGCAGACUACCGCUUCUCAAUACUAUGUUCUGCUGAUCAUCACUGACGGAGUGAUCACGGACAUGGAUGAGACACGCAACGCCAUCGUCAACGCCUCUCGGCUGCCCAUGUCCAUCAUCAUCGUCGGGGUUGGAGGAGCGGACUUCAGUGCCAUGGAGUUCCUGGACGGAGACGACGGUCGUCUGCGCUCUCUAGCUGGCGAGGCUGCCAUGAGAGACAUCGUCCAGUUUGUGCCGUUCAGACAGUUUCAAAAUGCUCCUCGUGAAGCCUUGGCGAAGUCGGUGCUGGCUGAGGUACCUGGACAGGUGGUGGAGUUUUUGAAUACCAUGAAGCUGAGUCCACCCAAUCCCACUGUGGAAACCCCCAAGCCUGCAGAGACCAAGUGAUGAAGAAACAAAGGAGGAACCAGAAACGGUCUCUUCUCCGGCACAUACCUAUCACUUCUCAGCCUCAUCUCGUCAUGCACUCAGCCAAACCACUCACUGGUCUUUCUAAACUCUUUCCUUUAAUUUCACCACACUGACGAAAUAACAGGAUGCAAUCAGGGACAUCAACCCGACCACACUCUACACAUUUCUUCCUAAGCACUCCACUCUUGUUGACCAACCUGUGUCCAAAUAGGUCUAGCUGUUCUAGUUGUUAGAUUAGAAACAUCUAUGUAGUAUGCUACCUUAUUACCUUAUUACCUUAUUAAGAGCUUAAAACUUACUUAAUGAAUUCUACCAUUUUGAAAAGAAUAUGUUCAUGUGCGGUGAAAUAGGUUUGAAAUUAUAGAAGCUAAGCCAUAUCAAGAAACCUGCAGUGUUUCUAUAGUGUUGAGUAAAAGAGGAAACCACAUAUCUCAUUACGGAAACACUAAACUUCCUAAGCUAUUUGCAGUUUGUUUAUCUUAUGCCUGUUUGAUUUCUCCAGAAUCACAUUACAAUAACUAUGCACUAUACUUGAACACUCUAAAGCCCUGUUCACAUGGGUUUAGUUUUACCCGGGAACCUCUAAUAGUUGGUAACAAUUGCAGAGGUCGUCUGUGAUUAUAAUCCUGUGCGAAUCGAUCAUGCCUGUAAUUUGAAAAGUAAACAUAACAUCACAAAACCCGAUUUCUCCCAACCACUGAGAUCCGAUCAUAAAACGAAUCCAGUGUGUUGCGCUUUUUUUUUUUUUUUAAGAAUUUAGUUGAAGGAUUAUGAAGGCUGUGUUUCAAAUCAAAGUUUGGACAGACGUAAAGCAAUUCAAGAUGUUGCUGACACAUUCACAGAAGAAAAACCCCCAAAACCGUCAGAAGAACGAAAUCACAAAAAGGGGACGAGACGGAUGAGAAACGUGGCAGCGCAUUUAAGCGAUGCAUUAAUGCACAUCUCCUCUGUAAAGGUGGAGAUGAUCUAAGUACCACUCAGUAGCUUGUAAAUUCUCCCCCGGGAUCAGUGCAGAUCAUUAUAAUUUUUAUUAAACAUCCAAAUCUGCGCAGUAACUAAAGUUGUCAGAAAGUGUAUAACUAAUAUUGACUGACUUUCUAAUGCGCCACAUGAAACACAGGCAUGGGGGGUAAUUCCUAAAUCACAUGACGUCUUGAGGUAAAACUAAUCCUUAAAAUCAUAAAUGCAUAGAGACAGCACCAUGCAGGUUUUGUAGCCCUCCGUAAAUGAUGUUUACUUCCUCGUAGUAAUGGCUGCAGUGCUUCUUGUUGUAUAUAAGGGCUUUAUAGGUGCUUUUUUUUGACACAUGGAGCACGUACAGUAUUUCCAAUAUUUGCUGGAAUGAUGCACAUGCGUCACUAACAAUAAUAAUGAUGUAUUCUACUAUAAAUUGCCAAAGCUGUAGUCUAAAUCUUGAUAUAUGUUUAUAACGGGAGUAUUUUUUCUGUGUCGUGCCAGUCUCAUUUAUCUUUGUUUAAUAUGCCAGUUUAUUUUUGAUACCCUGCUUUGACACGUACAGAUUAGCAUAUAUACUAUGGCACAAUGUCCGAGACAGGAAACAUCAGUGGUAACCAUGCUGGUACUGUAUGAACACAAUACAGAUCUGUCCAUGUUUACUGCAAAGUCUGUGCUUGAGCUCAGUUUUAUAUGGUUGUACGAUGCAUGUGCUGUUGUGUUGUAGCUGCUUUGUACUCGAGCAUAAGUGAGUACGGUGCCUUACAGUUUACAACAAGCGAGUGCCUCAAGCUUGCAAAUAAACGACCUCACAUUUAACCGAA